UAGUAUGGGCGUUAGACAGGAACUAAUGAGCAUUAGUAUGGGCGUUAGACAGGCGUUAAUGAGCGUUAGUAUGGGCGUUAGACAGGCGUUAAUGAGCUUUAGUAUGGGCGUUAGACAGGAACUAAUGAGCAUUAGUAUGGGCGUUAGACAGGCGUUAAUGAGCGUUAGUAUGGGAGUUAGACAGGCGUUAAUGAGCUUUAGUAUGGGCGUUAGACAGGCGUUAAUGAGCUUUAGUAUGGGCGUUAGACAGGCGUUAAUGAGCUUUAGUAUGGGCGUUAGACAGGCGUUAAUGAGGUUUAGUAUGGGCGUUAGACAGGCGUUAAUGAGCUUUAGUAUGGGCGUUAGACAGGCGUUAAUGAGCGUUAGUAUGGGCGUUAGACAGGCGUUAAUGAGCUUUAGUAUGGGCGUUAGACAGGCGUUAAUGAGCUUUAGUAUGGGCGUUAGACAGGCGUUAAUGAGCUUUAGUAUGGGCGUUUAGACAGGCGUUAAUGAGCUUUAGUAUGGGCGUUAGACAGGCGUUAAUGAGCUUUAGUAUGGG